CCCCCCUCUCAGAAUCCACACCUACAAUCUCUCUCAACUCUCUCUCUCUAGAAAGUAACUUACAAUGUGCAAAGUGACAUCUCCUCUCUGCUGCAAUGGCAAUUCAGACCACCAUUACCUUGUCUCCAUCAACGACUCAAAGGAACCCAAAACCCUAACGUCUCCAUUGAUAUCCAAAACCAUAACACCGCAACCAGAACAAGUACAUAAAUCACAGUUCAAACCCCACAAUAAAUCCCAUUUUUCUUUGGCUUUAAAAGAAGCGAAUUCCAUAGCUGCCAUAGCUUUCCCAAUGAUACUCACCGGCUUAUUGCUUUAUUUAAGGUCAAUGAUCUCCAUGCUCUUCCUCGGCCGCCUUGGCGAGCUCGCCUUAGCGGGCGGUUCCCUCGCCGUGGGCUUCGCCAACAUCACCGGUUACUCCAUCCUCUCCGGCCUCGCCAUGGGAAUGGAACCUAUCUGCGGCCAAGCUUUUGGCGCCAAAAAACACACUCUACUAGGCCUCUCUUUGCAGAGGAUGGUCCUCCUCCUACUAUUUACAUCCUUACCCAUUUCUCUUCUCUGGCUGAACAUGAAGAAAAUCCUCCUCAUCUGCGGCCAGGACGAAGCCAUCGCCGCCGAAGCUCAGUUGUACCUCCUCUGUUCUCUCCCUGAUCUUCUCGCUCAAUCUUUUCUCCACCCUCUGAGAAUUUACCUCAGAAGUCAAUCCAUCACUCUGCCUCUCACAUUGUGUGCAACCCUCGCGAUCAUCCUUCACAUUCCCAUCAACUAUUUACUCGUUUCCCACCUCGAUUUGGGAAUCAAAGGUGUUGCUCUUAGUGGGGUUUGGUCUAACUUCAACCUCGUAGCUUCCGUGAUCGUAUACAUCAUCGUCUCUGGGGUUCACAAGAAAACCUGGGGAGGGAUUUCAAUGGAUUGUUUCGGAGAAUGGAGGACUCUUCUAAAUUUAGCGGUCCCCAGCUGCAUUUCUGUGUGUUUAGAAUGGUGGUGGUAUGAGAUCAUGAUCUUGCUCUGUGGGUUGUUAAUAAAUCCGAGAGCCACCGUUGCUUCAAUGGGCGUUUUAAUUCAAACUACCGCUUUAAUCUACAUAUUUCCUUCUUCCUUAAGCUUCAGUGUGUCCACGAGAGUCGGCAAUGAAAUCGGGGCUAACAACCCGAAAAAAGCGAAACUUGCAGCCAUUGUAGGGCUCUGCUUCAGCUUUAUGCUAGGCCUUUCAGCUUUGGUGUUUGCAACAACGGUGAGGAACAUUUGGGCAAGCAUGUUUACACAAGACAAAGACAUUAUAGCGCUAACAUCGAUGGUGUUGCCUAUAAUCGGGCUCUGCGAGCUCGGAAACUGCCCUCAGACGACGGGGUGCGGAGUUCUGAGAGGCACUGCAAGGCCGAAAGUCGGAGCAAACAUAAACUUGGGGUGCUUUUAUCUUGUCGGAAUGCCGGUGGCCGUGGGUUUGGGAUUCUUUCUGGGGUUUGAUUUUCAGGGGCUGUGGCUCGGCCUCUUGGCGGCGGAGGGCAGCUGCGCUCUGACCAUGUUGGUGGUUUUGGGUCGUACAGAUUGGGAGUUUGAAGCUCGGAAAGCCAGAGAGCUGACCGGGGCUGCUGCUGCUGAGGCGGCAGUUGGUGACAGCGAAGAUGUUGAGGAGGACAAGCCAAGCAAAGCUGAAAUCAAGGAAGAUUGUUUAUGUUUAUUAGGAGGACUGUCUAUCUCCAGGAGUGUUUCUUUUGGUACACUUCCACUGAAAUUCAACUAAUGCUGAAUUUCAUAGGAAGUAGCAAAAUUGCUGGGUUAGGAACAAAGAUCCCACCCUCUUCUGUAUUUUGUAAUUGGAUACACAAGAAAUUCAAGGAAGAUUUAUUCUAGUAA